UCCUCUCGCUGUUGCACCGCUCUGCUGCCUCCUCUGUGCAUGAGCCAUCUUCUCGGUCUGCGGUCUCCACUUUAACGAUUCCGCGUCGCCGCUGAUGCUGCUGCUCCACUUCUGACCGACUUCCCCCCUCCGGCUGCUCCGCACAGCCGGAGCCCGCCCGAGCAGCAGCAGCAGCGAGCCCGACACGGCUCUCUGUGCUCCUGCUGCUGCGUGGAAAGAGAAACCGACACAGCGGCGGACCCCCCGACACUGCAGGAGGUGACAGAUCCAGAUUCAGAUCGAGCCUCUGCAACAGACACGCAGACAUCGGCCAUGCCAGAUCUGCUGGGAGGGGGAAAUCUUGAUAAGUGUGAGCCGGUUUUUUUUGUUCCUACAAACUCGGGUCUGCUUGGUGUGGCAGUGGCGAUGACUUUCCCCUCUAACAGCCUCGAGAUGAGCCUUCUGCUGGAGCCUGACUCUACACAAACACCCGGACUGUAAGAAGGGGACUUUAUCACCGAGCCCGACUCAUCAACGGCAAUAAAAGAGACUUUAUUAGUCACCGACUGCGCUCCCACUUGGAAGAAAAAGCACAUUCAGUUGCUGUUAAUCAAGCCAGGGGGAUCGAGCCCAAGUGCAAGACGAAUGGUUCGGGCAUGGUGCCCACGCCCCAGGUGUGCGUAUCAACCCUGGUCACAGUGAGCACGAUGGCAGUGGUGGACCUCUACCUGCUGGAGCAGAGCAUGCUGGGUGCUCGUGGUCUUCCAGGACCUGGCGUGUGGCAGUGUGUGGCAGUGUUGCUAGGAGAUGUGGGCUUCCUGCUCGCGCUGCGCUUCGUGUCGGCCGGCGUGGUGUCGGAGGCGCGAUCUCCACGUCGUGGUUUUGCCAAUGCCCUCUGGUUCCUGUUCCUGUCCCUGCUCCAGCUCAAGCUCUUCUUCGUCUGCCACAACUACAGGCAGGAGCGCCGGCCGCCCGACCCGCUCGCCAGGAAGACCCUGACCCUGCUGCUGUCCAUCUGCCUGCCCUCGCUGUUUCUCAUCCUGACGGGGGCCGACCACAUGACCCCGCAGCGCAGGAAGCAGGAGGUGCGGGGCCGGCUCCUGUGGGUGGUGGUGGACCUGCUGGAUGUGCUGGACCUGCAGGCGGGGCUGUGGGAGGCUCAAGGCGGCGCUGCAGCGGGGGCCGGAGGGGUCGUUGAGCAGAGGCUGCCCAUCUGGGCCGAGGGCCUGGUGUUCUUUUACUGCUACGCCCUCCUGCUGCUGCUCCCCUGCGUGGCCCUCACAGAGCUGGGGGCCACGGGCCUGCCAGGACAGAGGGGGCCCCGUAAGGAGGCUCUGUACCCGUGGCUCAGCUUGGUCACGAUCAAUAUCUUCACCCUGGCCCUGAGGGGCACAGGCAUGCUGUGGUACAGGGACCCCCGUGUGUCCACCGUGUUCCUGGGGAAGAACCUGCUGGCUCUGGCUGUGAAGCUGAGCUCCGCCUGGGAGAGGCACAAGCAGGAGCGCGGUGCUGCAGGAGCUGGAACCGGUGCAGGAGCAGAAGCAGGAGACUCAACCCUGCCAAGUCAGAGCUCAGAGCAGGGAGAGGGCCAGGCCCAGGGGAAAGCUCCUCCCUCUCAUUAUCACACACUGUCUCGCUCCCAGAGCCACACUCUCUCCCACGUCAGCCUGGAGCCCACAGAGACGCCCCUAGGACCUUCUUUCAUCUCCCAUGAACUCUAAGGAGUCGAGCUGAACAUGCACGCAUGUGAUCACACCCACACUCAAAUCUCGGACCAACAGAGCUGGUAUCACAUCCAAACAGAUAACUCGUAUUGGAUUUUCCGUACAACAGUGAUGGGUAUAAUGCAAAACUAUGGAAAUGCAUUUGGCAAGCUUGGCUUUCUGCACAUUUUUUUGUGCUAAGAACUUCAAAAUGCAUUGCUGGGAUUUGUGGGAGUGUAUUUUUUAAAUUCAACACUGUGAACACAUCUAUCAGCCUGUAAAGAAUAUUCCAGAAAUGUAUGUUUAAACCUAGUAUUUCCUUCUAUAAUCUGGGCAAGGUCGCCCAAACUGCCACAGAUUUGUUAAAUUUGGGGCAUUCUGUUCGAUUUUUUUGGUCGGUCAUAUACUCACUCUCUUUUGUCAUUCGUGCUCUGCUACUUUGUUAAAUUUGAGUUCAGGUCAUGUGGGUUGUCACAAAAAAAUGUGAUCAACACUCUUUUACCGUUAGAUGCCAAAAUACAGACUGUGACCUUUAGUUUUUUCUCUGUCACUCUACAGAGACCUUUCAAAGAGAAAAGUUUAAUACCAAGGACUGAUGAUUUAUAUUUCAUCAGUACCACAAAGCAAUGAUUCAAAGCCAUCUGCCUGUAAAACUCACUAGACACAUCGCUUCAAUAUUUCAAUGUAGAAUCAAACCCAGUGGAUUGAAACUUUUCUGAUUUGUAGCUCUUUAAAUCACUCGACUCACGACCCCAAGCAAUGUCCACUUCUUACAUUUUUCUUAUCUGAAAAGAUUGGCUAAAGUGUUAAAGUGAACACUUUUUUACACUAAAAAAGAAGAGCAGAAAGGUAAGAGAAAAAGUUGAAAGAAAAUAAAAAUAUGUGUAGCAGAUGUUUUCUCCUCAUAUCCUACAUGUUUAAUACUCUCAUGGCGUCCCACAUUUACCCAACAACUCCUUGAAGGGUCUCUUCCCCAAGGGCGGGCACCUCAAGAGGCAACCUCCUUGGGUAAAAAGUGAAUCCAAUGCAGAAAUGCCAAAAACUGCUAUUUCAUUCCCCUGGGAGACAAUCCCCAUAGGCGUCCAUGUUGAGAUCCCAAAUUUUUCAGCAGAAAUAAACAGGUUUGCAGCCUUGUGCAAGAAAAGAUUGUCUCUAUAGCUAAUUUUGUGGGUGAAUCUUUAUACAACCCACCAGUUCAAACUAUAUUAAGUGUUAAAGACAUAAUUAAGGGCAUUGACACUUCACAUGACAGCUGGUUUGGGCGUUUUCACACAACGUUAUCCUAAUAGGUUUGGGUUAGCAGGGGCUCCACCUUUUACUAGGUCGAGAAAGUAGUUGUCAUGCCAUUAAAUGGGCCGCUAUAUUAACAUUUAUUGUCCGGUGCCAAUCGCUUGAGGCCAUAGUAACUUUAACAGGAGCGAAAGAGGAUGUUUAGUCGUAUAAAGACUGACAGUGUCCGCACAUGGAGGAAGGUCGGGGUGGUGAAUGGCUCAGGAGACUGGGGUUGGCAUCCUGUAGCAGAUGCCUUACACUAUAAUUUAGUUAAAUUAUAGUACAGCAACAGUAUAAACGAACCUGGUCUCACAGGAGUCCGUGGAAUAGCCACGGAAUC